GAGAGGCAGCCAGCAAAGAAACCCCACCUUAUUCUGUUAAGCCAACCCUUUCCUUCCUUCCUUCCUCCCGCUUACUUAAAUUUCUUCCCAUUUUCUCUGUUUUUUGCCUACAAAUAUGGGAAUUCUUCUCCUUUUUUCUUCCUACUUUUUUCAUCUUUCUUCUGAUCUUUUUCCAUCUAAACUUUGCUUUGAUUUGAUUAUUACUUAAAGUUGUCAUCUUUUUUACCCUUUUUAAUCAAUCCCACAAAUAGGGUUUUCCUUUUUUCCCUUUUUUUGCAAUAGGGUUUUCUUCUUUUUGCUUUAAAACCCCGCAAAAAUUGUCUCUUUUUGUUGCAUAAAAGAGAUUUUCAACAUUUUUGGUAUUGGGUCCAUUUAUAUUUGCCUUUGAUCUCUUUGGAUUUAGUUGAGAUUUGGGCUGCUGAGUCUCUUGUGUGAGUAAGAAGAUUUACUCUAUGGGUGAGGCACCAGCUUUUCUGUUUGAUGAUCUGCUGAAGUGUUCUGGAAAUGGGAUUGAUUUGGUUUGUAGGGGUAGAGAAACCACAACUAUUGUAGGUAAAACAAAGUAUUUUAUCGGGGACUGUGAUGAUUCAACAUUGUCCAUUGGAGUUAAGGUUUUUGACAAUUUCUUGGGGGAAUGGGUAUAUCCAACAGUUUUGGGCACAAAGCCAACCCUGACUUCUGAUCUUUGGGCUCUGCCACUAGGCGAAGACCGGGUUUUGGUUAUUAAGAAUGGUGCAAUCAUGGAUGAUAACCUUUGGUUUCUUGAGGUGGACACACCAAUUGUCAGACAUCAGAAGAAGCUGCUGGGUAGUAAUGUAGUAGCUUGGAGUAAGGGAGUUAUGGGGUAUGCUGGGAAACCUAUUGUGAUUAGCGGUCCUUCUGGUGUGGGCAAGGGUACAUUGAUAGCCAAGCUUAUGAAUGACUUUCCUUCAAUGUUCGGAUUUUCGGUGAGCCACACAACACGUGCUCCCAGAGAAAAGGAGAUAAAUGAAAUUCAUUACCAUUUUUCGGAGAGAAGUUUAAUGGAAGAGGAUAUAAAAGAUGGGAAGUUCCUUGAGUUUGCUUCAGUUCAUGGAAAUUUGUAUGGGACAAGUAUUGAAUCAGUGGAAGUGGUUGCUGAUGCAGGAAAGAGAUGCAUCCUUGACAUUGAUGUUCAAGGUGCAAAGGCAGUGAGGGCUAGUUCUCUUGAUGCAAUCUUUAUCUUUAUCUGCCCUCCGUCGUAUGAAGAUCUUGAGAGGAGGCUUCGUUCUAGGGGGACAGAGACAGAGGAGCAGAUUCAGAAGCGUCUUCGCAAUGCGAAGGGAGAGCUUGAACAGGGAAAAUUACCAGGACUUUUUGAUCAUAUAUUGGUCAAUGAUGACCUUGAAGCCUGUUAUCAGACUCUUAAGAAUCUCUUGGGCUUACAUGAAUCUGCUGACAAUACAAACCGAUCUGUCUCAAAGAAGGUUGGUUUUCCGCUAGUGAACUCGGUAUCAAAAGUUGGUAGCAAAAUUUACUUAAAUUCUACAAAUGCAGAGCUUGGAACUGCAUCGAAGAACUCGUUUGUGUUGGAUGUCUCUUCACUCAAAGGAGGGGCACCCGGACGGACACGAGGGUUAGAUCUAUACUCUGUUUACCCAUUUGGAGCAUUUACCAAUGGGUUUGGGAAGCUGAGUUGACACCCAUCCAAACAUGCUAACCACCCGACUUAAUUUUUCAAUUUUGGUCAUUUUUUUCAUACCCUUUAUUUCCUUUACCAUCAAACCGAAAGCGGUCACUAUUGCCUUCAAAUGUCACUUUUUGAAAUUUUGAUGAGAAAUUUUCGAGAAAUUUCAUUGAA